AUGUCGAAGCGAAAGGUACUGCUGAUGGGAAAAAGCGGUUCUGGUAAGACUUCAAUGCGUUCCAUCAUAUUUGCCAACUAUAUUGCUCGUGAUACGAAUCGUCUUGGACCAACGAUGGAGGUAGAGCAUGCUCAUGUUCGGUUUCUGGGUAAUCUAGUAUUGCAUCUUUGGGAUUGCGGUGGUCAGGAAGCGUUCAUGGAGAAUUACUUGGCUUCGCAGAAAGAUCAAAUCUUCAAAAAUGUUCAGGUGCUGAUAUAUGUAUUCGACGUAGAAAGUCGUGAAUUGGAAAAGGAUUAUCGAUAUUACCAGUCAUGUCUGGAAGCAUUGAUUCAAAAUUCACCAAAUGCUAAAGUAUUUUGUUUAAUACACAAAAUGGAUUUGGUUUCUGAAGAACACAGGGAUCAGGUAUUCGCAGAGAAAGAACGAGAUAUAAUGUUUAGAUCGAAGCUUGCUGCUGAAAAAUUUGGUCAUGAUAACGUUGUAAGGCAGUGUUACCGAUCAUCGAUUUGGGACGAAACGCUUUACAAGGCUUGGUCGGCGAUCGUUUGUCAUUUAGUACCAAACGUCGCAUCAAUGGAAGCCAGACUAAAACAGCUUGCUGUAAUCUUGGAUGCUGACGAAGUGUUAUUAUUCGAAAAGGCAACUUUCCUUGUAAUAGCACAGGCACAAAUUGUCCAGCAUGAAGAUAUUCACCGUUUUGAAAAAGUAUCAAACAUUAUCAAACAAUUCAAACUAUCAUGCAGCAAGCUGGGUUCUCAAUUUGAAUGUAUGUGUGUACGGAAUAGUAAAUUUGCCGCAUUUAUUGAUAGUUUUACCUGCAAUACAUUCAUCAUGGUGGUUCUGUCGGAUGCAACUGUCUCAUCCGCUGCAACAUUAAUGAAUAUAAGGAAUGCUCGAAAACAUUUCGAAAAAUUGGAAGCUCGGUAG